AUGGGACGAAUAUAUAAAAGGAAGGCGGAUUCGUCAGCAUACUUCAAGUAUUCAACAGAACAACUAGAAAAUGCAAUCGCAAAAUGUAGAAAAGGUGAAAGAUCAAUUAGAAAAAUUGCAGAAGAGUACGAAGUUCCAUUUUCUACCAUAAGAGACAAAUUAAAAAAUAAACAUGUUAAAAAACAUGGCCAUCCUUGCGAAUUAUCGAGUACCGAAGAAACGACAGUUGUCGAAGCUUUGAAAACUGCUGGAUCUUGGGGAUUUCCUUUGACAGUUCAUGACCUCCGCAACAUUGUACAAAUGUACUUGACUCAAUUAAAACGUCAAACUCGCUUCAAAAAUAAUAGGCCAGGUCGAGAUUGGGUGGCAUCAUUUUUUAAACGUCAUGCCGAUUUGUCUUUACGCUUAAGCGAAAAUAUUAAAAGAUGCAGAGCUAAAGUUGAUGACAAAAUUAUCAACAACUAUUUUGAUAAUUUAGAAAUCUCCCUAAAUGGGAUUCCUCCAUCAAAUAUCAUUAAUUACGAUGAAACCAAUUUCUCAGAUGAUCCUGGAAGCGUUGAAGUCAUCGUGAAAAGAGGUACAAACCAUCCAGAGCGAAUAAUUGAUUCUUCUAAAUCCUCCACAAGCGUUAUGUUCGCUGCAACUGGGGAUGGUAUAUUGCUUCCUCCUUAUACGGUCUACAAGGCGAAGAAUCUUUAUCCUACAUGGGUUGAAGGAGGAAUUACAGGUGCGCGGUACAACCGAAACGAAAGCGGAUGGUUCGACAUGAACAUUUUUGAAGAUUGGUUUAUGACAAUAUGUUUACCUUUUUUAAAAAAGCUUCCUGGUAAAAAAGCUCUAAUCGGUGAUAAUCUACCUAGUCACAUUUCUCAGAUGGUAAUUUCUCAAUGUCAAGAAAAUGAUAUUGGUUUCAUCUUAUUGCCACCUAAUUCAACUCACCUUACCCAACCAUUGGACGUCGCUGUAUUUCGAUCGUUGAAGAACAGUUGGAGAAAUGUAUUGAAUAUAUGGAAGAGUAAAAACCGUGGAGUAAUACCGAAAGCACUUUUUCCAAGCCUUUUGAAAUCUGCAGUUGAACAAGUUGGCGAGAAAAUGAUGGUGAACAUCAAGUCUGGAUUUAAGGCCUGCGGUAUCAUACCACUUGCUAGAGAAUCUGUUUUAAAGAAGUUACUAAAUGCAGACAAAAGUAAGCAAAACUCUGCUGUUGUACUUGAUACAUUCAUCUCUUAUCUGGAAACAAAAAGAUCUGAAACAUCAUCAGAUAAACGUUCGAGUCGUAGCAGUAAUAAACUCAAAAUUGAGCCUGGGAACAGCGUGAGUAUCGAGGAUGUGGAUUCUUUCAAGAAAAGUGAGCUGGAAAAGGGAAAGGAAAAGAAAAAACGUGGGAGACCAACAAAAAUACUCGUUGAAAAUGAGAAUGCCGAAUCUUUGGAUGAAGUGAAAGAAAAAAGGCGACCGGGUAGGCCUGAGAAAAAUCGUUGA